GGCACACCCACCAGGGAGGAGAAACAUCAUAUCCAUCCCUUGCCUUUCCCUCCUUGUCAUCUUCUAUUUAAGAAGACCUGUCAUUGCCAAAAAGGCCUCCCUUUGAUUCACCUGAAACUUAAACAGUUCUCAGUAAAUAGCUGAACACAAGAAGGGAUCUCACCAAACUGAUUUAAUAAAAAAUGGCGCCUAAGAAGAAGGGAAACAAGAGGCAGGAAGAAGACUGGGAAGCAGAACUUGGUGAAACAGUUCCUGCGGCAAAUGGUGCAACUGAGGAAGAGCCCGCCGCAACACCUGCCGAGGAAGAUGAAGGAGCGGGUGGCGGUCUACUAGCAGCGCUACGGAAAAACAAGAGCAAAAAGGCAAAGAAAGGGAAGCAAGCGAAUGAUUUCGUCGAGGGUGAGGAACCGAUGCAGGAGGCUGUCACAGACCUUGCCAGCAAAGCGCCCGAGGAAGGUACAUUUGACGACGAUGAUGUUUUCGCUGGGAAGAAGGCCCAGAAAACUGCCAAGACUGUUGCAGCCGCAGCAAAGCAACAGCAAGCUGCCCCGAACGAGCCCGCAGACGGAGAGUUCCGCGUGAAAACCAAGAAGGAGAAGGAAAAGGAGAAGAAGGAAAGGGAGAAGCAGCGAAAGAGGGAACAGGCCGCUAAGAAAAAGGGCGCUGCUCCUGAGCCACCCAAACCCGCUGCCGCCGCGGCAGAGAAAGAACCCACACCUGCUGCUGCUCCUAUACCGGCAGCACCGGAGCCAGCUGGCAAGAAGAAGAAGCUUCCUGCUCACCUCGCUGCAAUCCAGAGACAGCAAGAGUUGCUGCGGAAACAACGUGAGGAAGAGGAAAAGCGCCUAGCUGCUGAAAAGGCCGCUGAAGAGGAAAGACGACGACUCGAGGAGGAGGAAGAGAGGAAAAAAGAAGAGGCACGCCAACGGAGGAAAGAGAAAGAGCGGGAGAAGAAGGAGCAACUUAGAAGGGAAGGAAAGCUGCUUACCAAGGCCCAGAAAGAGGCUAAGGAACGCAAUGAGUUGCGUAUGAGGCAGAUGCUUGCUGCAGGUGUUGGUAGGGUUGCUGGUCUAGAGGAGGGCACAACCGAAAAGAAGAAACCUGUAUAUGAAAAUCGGAAGAAGAAAGGACCCAAGAAGCAAGAAGAAGACCUCGAAGCUGCUGCAGCUCGCGCUCAGGCUCAGCGCCAAGCUGAAGAAGAGAGACGAAAGAAGGAGGAAGAGGCGAAGGCCAAGGCUGAGGCUGAAGCAGCUGCGGCCGCUGCUGCAGAUGAAGAGAGUGAACUUGAUGACUGGGAAAAGGCCGCUGACGCUGCUGAAGGUGUUAAAGAUAGCUGGGAUGCACCCUCGGAUGAGGAAGAAGAGGUUACCGCUAAGCAGCCUGUUACAAAUGGCACAGCAGCAGCAGCCGCUCAGGAAGAGGCCGAAGAAGAAUCUUCCGAAGAGUCCGAAUCGGAGGAGGAAGAGCAAUCAGCUACGCAGAGGGCCAUUGCCCAAAAGAAGGCCGAGGCUGCUGAGAGGAGGAAGAAGCAGCACGAAGAAGCCAUGGCCGCUCGAUCGAAGGAUAACUUGCGUUCACCAAUCUGCUGCAUUCUUGGGCACGUCGAUACUGGAAAGACCAAACUUUUGGACAAAAUUCGUCAAACAAACGUCCAAGAAGGAGAAGCUGGUGGUAUCACACAGCAGAUUGGUGCCACAUACUUCCCAGUUGAUGCUUUGCGCCAGAAGACUGCUGUGGUGAAUAAGGAUGGCAAAUUCGAAUUCAAGGUCCCUGGUUUGCUAGUUAUCGACACUCCUGGCCACGAGUCCUUCUCCAACCUACGGUCCAGAGGCUCGUCUCUCUGCAACAUUGCUAUCUUGGUCGUGGAUAUCAUGCACGGUCUCGAGCCACAGACACUUGAAUCCAUGAGGUUGUUGCGAGAUCGGAAGACACCCUUCAUUGUCGCGUUGAACAAAAUCGACCGUCUGUAUGGAUGGAAGAAGAUUGACAACAACGGUUUCCGGGAAAGUUUGGCAAUGCAAAAUAAGGGUGUUCAGAACGAGUUCCGCACUCGACUCGAGAAGACUAAGCUGGCCUUUGCCGAGCAAGGUUUCAACUCGGAGCUGUAUUACGAGAACAAAUCUAUGUCCCGCAAUGUCUCACUUGUGCCAACAUCAGCUCACACCGGCGAGGGUAUCCCAGAUAUGCUGAAGUUGCUGGUGACAUUGACGCAGGAGCGUAUGACUAGUGCUCUGAUGUAUUUGUCUGAGGUCGAGUGUACUGUUCUUGAAGUCAAGGUUAUUGAAGGUCUUGGUACUACUAUCGACGUCGUCUUGUCGAACGGUGUCCUUCGCGAAGGUGAUCGGAUUGUGUUAUGUGGUCUAAAUGGUCCUAUAACGACGAAUAUCCGAGCGUUAUUAACACCUGCACCACUCAAGGAACUUCGCCUGAAGUCGCAAUACGUCCAUAACAAGGAGGUAAAGGCGGCUCUCGGUGUUAAGAUUGCCGCAAACGAUCUCGAGCAGGCAAUCGCCGGUUCCCGCCUUCUCGUUGUUGGCCCUGAAGAUGAUGAGGAGGACCUUGAGGAGGAAGUCAUGUCUGACUUGGAGAGUCUGCUGAGCAAGGUCGCCAAGGACCAGCGUGGUGUCAGCGUGCAGGCAUCAACUCUUGGUUCCUUGGAGGCAUUGCUUGAGUUCCUUAAAGUCUCCAAGAUUCCCGUCGCAAACAUCUCCAUUGGCCCUGUCUACAAGCGCGACGUGAUGAUGGCUGGAACAAUGCUGGACAAGGCCAAGGAAUAUGCGGUCAUGCUAUGUUUCGACGUCAAGGUAGAUAAAGAAGCACAGGCCUACGCUGAUGAAGUUGGUGUCAAGAUCUUUACGGCAGAUAUUAUCUAUCACCUAUUCGACGACUUCACCAAGCACAGGGCGGAGAUCCUUGAGCAGAAGAAGGAGGAAAGCAAGCUUCUUGCUGUGUUCCCCUGUGUGCUUAAGGUGGUCGCCGUGUUCAACAAGAAGGACCCUAUCGUCGUCGGUGUUGAUGUGUUGGAAGGAAGCUUGCGCGUGAAUACACCGAUUUCAGUCGUCAGGAGCAACGCCGUGACGGGAACCAAAGAGAUCAUCGAACUAGGCAGAGUGUCGUCCAUUGAGCGUGAUCACAAGCCCAUUGCCGUCUGCAAGAGGGGCCAACCUUCAGUUGCUGUCAAGAUUGAAGGUGCAGACCAACCUAUGUAUGGUCGUCAGAUCGAACAGAAGGAUGCGCUGUACUCGCAUAUCUCUCGCGCAAGCAUCGACACGCUCAAAGAAUUCUAUCGGCCUGAUGUGUCAAUGGAAGAAUGGGCUCUUAUCAAAAAGCUCAAACCCGUGUUCGACAUUCCUUGAAUAGAGUUGCUUCAUCAAGGUGUCCUCUGCAAGCCACUGGGGACUAUCAGGUCGAUCAUUCGAGCUCAGCCUGGUAUCGCUUAAUUAGGCUCUGGGCCGAGGGUUGGACCUGAGACUGGAGUUGGAGAGUCCUUCCAGGUUCUUCGGGCAAGGAACAAUGCAAAAUUUGGGUAGAAUACUUUUGUUUUUCCCAAGCAGAAGGUGGCCGUAUAUGAAACGGUCACUGACACCCCUUUUGUACCAUGCUCAAUGAUGGCUUCCAUGUAUUAAACCGCAGGCACAAGAGAAAAGUUCUGUAUUAUGCCGUGACAUACCCAGAGAAUGACCAUUGCUGGCAAUUCCAUAAAAAUUGCAAGCUGUUGAUGUUG